AAGUUAGGAGAAGCUCUUCAAAUACUAUCGUUUAGUUCUGUCAAAAGUUUGCUAACUGCUCUCAAAGCUCUUGAAAUUAAAGAGACAUCAUUACAAUUUGAGGAUAAAAACCAUGCAGUGAAACCACAAAUUAUAAUUGAAUACUUUCUUCUCCCUCUAUAUGAUAUGCUGCUUCAAGAGAUUAAGCGACCACCUCUUCUUAUUUGGCUACUACUAUGGUUCAUUUUUCAAGAGCGAGGUAUGGAACGGGAAGCCUUAAUCUUUUCCUUGAAAACAAUGCUCGAGAAUAAGAAUCCGCGGUCCGCUUAUACUGCCUUGUACAUUCUGCUGAGUCUCUGCAAAAUGUUGCCUUCCUUUCGUGCCAAAGUUGAUAUGCUCUUUUCUCCUACAGACAGAAAGGGGGCGUCAGCGCUUAUCUCGGUUCUUAGAAGCGAGGAAGAGAUGUUGUGCCUUGAGGCUCAUGACGUCCUGCUCCUCGACUCCUGCUCCUCUUCCGUACUCGUCUGCAUCAAACUCAAUAUAAAACCGAUAAAGACCGCCGACACCGAACCGACUGCUGCUCCGGACGCCUCCUUUGCCUCGCUACUGCACGUGAUCCAGAAGGGAAUUAAAGCGACGCCUUUACUCGUAUUGGCCGUCCGGUAUCUGUGCUGUGUUCUGAGCCGCUCGGCCACAUUGCUCAUGAAUACCCUGUUUUGCGGCAAGUGCAAGUGGGCUAGUGCUGUGACUGAUCGCUGCGAUUUCGAGUGGCUGGAUCACUGGCAUUCUUCCCUCGCAAAGACUGCUAUACUGAACAAUCCCGCUCUGCUUAAUUCUUUGCGCCUCAGGCUCCAAAAGGGGAUUUCUUACCUGUGCCCGAUCACGUGCUGCUUGGUUGCAAAUUGGAGAUGUUGGAGUGGUGAUUCGUUAGGCAUUCGGUACUUGCUGAAAAUCGCGUGUGAGCUCGUGGUUGGUCAGCGCUCUUACUCGCUUUGCAUCGAGCUGUGUUCUUGGGUGUCUCACUAUUUUUUGAAGCGUAAAAGAGUUAAACUUAAGAAAAUCGCUGAAAAGUUUUCUGUAUCAAUAUCUAUGGUUUCUACGUUGGUGCAGGCUCAUGGUCGAAACUGUCUGCUUUCUGCUGAGGCGCUCUUUUCUUUUGCCUUGCUUUUGGCGCUUUAUGGCUUUCGUGCAGCAAUAACUACCGCGAAUUGCACGAGCGUAGAACUUACUAGCUCUAUUGUGGAACAAUUGAGGGAGCCCCUUUACCAAGACUUCAUUUUUUAUAUCGUUUUGGUUUUUACUAAAGCCGCCCCGAGUUGUUGCACACGCCUUUUCUUCACCAAUCACGGCAGUCUUGUUUGUAAUGGAUAUACCUCCAGUCCGAUAACAACCCCCUUUGCUUGUGAGUGCGCGUGCCACUUCCAUAACAAGGUCACGUGUCUAAAAGAAUAUGCAUCGACAUUGCUCUUAACGUGUUCAGAAGCUUUGAAUUGCCAGGCAGUUGCUUUAAGCGCCUUUUACAAUAUAUUUUUGUUGCAGCCUUCUGACCAAGUGCCUUCCAUGCGGAGCAUUUGUGUACUGUUUAGUUGGCUUCUAUUGGCUCUUGAUAGACAUGAGUACAUGCUAAGAGACGUAACUGCCGUUGAGCAUGCUUCAGAGAGAGAAGCAAUCUUUAGAACGUAUUUACUUCAUAAACUAUAUGAGCAGCGACGUCACUUUUCCGGAAACAGUGAAGUACACGUUAUGAAAACUUCUGAAGAAGAUGGCCAGCUUCCAUUGUCAAUCUCUCAAAGCUUCCCUAUAUCCUUAGCAUGCGAAUACUUGUCCUGUUAUUUCUCCAAAAUCGGAGUGGCCUCCACUCUUCUUAGAAGAGCCACGCUAUUUCCUCCAUUGAUACCCGUGUAUGCCCUUUCCGCGCUCUCCAUUGCCGACUUGGACUUUACCACUUUUUGGGAGAACGCAAGAGAUCUUGUUGGCUUUCUGAAUCGACCGGCUACCAUUACUUUGUACGUCACGCAUUUACUAACGUGGAUUGUGACGGGUAGGGCCCAAACUGAUAAUACCAAGACUGCAAGAAGGUCGGUUUUCCCGAACCCUUUCGUAGAUAAAAGUUUCCGAGCCGAACAGUUCGCCCGUCUCUUGUAUGAAGUAGGCAAAAGUGGCUAUCACAUACACAUUUGCGCUUGUUUAUUAGAAUUUUUAAGAAGGAAGCCUACAGCAGUGCAACUACAAAAGUUUUUCCUGAACGGCUUUGCGGUUUCCCCUUCCGAUCUUUACUAUUCAGAUAUGCAACCUUUGCCAGUCCUCGUCUCUGAUAGCCAAAGCGACGCUUUUUUAGAGAAUAUUGUCAGACUCUGGUUUUCUUAUUUAAGCGAAGACGAGGCUACCAGCACUCUUCCCACAAUCUUUCUUCAGCUGCUGGAUUAUCCCAGUGACGUUUCAUAUGUGUCCUUUUUUAAAAUGAUCUGCGCCUCUUUGGUUUCCUCAAAGCCCUCCUAUGAAAAUAAACUGCGAGAGUUGUCCCGAAGUGGCUUUCGUCACACCGACUUUUUUCUGCGGGAAAUGAUUCACCUUCUUUACAAGCAACUAUUUUGCAUUUAUUUAUUACUACAGUACACUAAGCGAUGCUUGACAAGUCUAAUUUCCAAUAGAGACUUUCCUGAUACGGGGUGGCAGAGUUGUUACGUGCAACGAACUGGUGAGGCUUAUGUAUUUUCCGCUCUUGCCCCUCUUCUCCUGCUUCGCUGUCUGCCUGUGUCCUUUUUUAAGUCUCUCAUUUUGGAGAAGAAGCCGUGGGUCUGCUUUGAAAGUUUUCCUUUGCACUAUGAUAUUGAGAUCCCUUAUAGUAAUAUCUAUCCGGAGUUUGUGGUGCUUAAUGUUGAUGCUAGAGAUUAUUUGAAACACCCGCUGACUCUUCGUGAUCAACUUUUUUCUGCAUUACUAUGGCGGCUCGGUCAUCAUUACAUUGUGAACGGGCUCUUCCUUCCGCCCGCCUUUAACUCCGUACGUCAAGUUGCUGCCGAGCUGCUGGCAAGAUUUCCGGUAAGGCUGGUUCUCAAACCUUGUUUAGGUCGAGCGCUUAAGUCGGCUCUCGUGGAUAAUGACCUUUUGGUUGCUAAACUCAACUUGUACGCCCUGGUUGCCUGCCUACGCUACCUCGCUAGCGAUCCCGAAAAAGUUCAGCAUAGAUCUUAUAUCGACCAUUUGCUCCCGUAUGCCCAAGUGGUACUACAUGGAUCAUUAGGUAUUUUUGGUCUGCAAGGAACAUCGAACAGCGGCAACCUUGAAGUUUCCAACUUAAAGCGUGGUUUUUAUGAUCUUGUGGGACUUUACGUCUACUACACAAUGAAGUUUACGGUUAUUGAAUACCAACAUGUUCCUCCCGAUGAACAGUCUGGAGGUCUAUUUGGUUCCCCUCAAUUCAACAUUGUGUACGCUUUGGUUGCGUGUCUCCUCGAGAGUGACAAGUUCAACGUCAAUGAGGAGCAGCUUUCCUGCAUUUGUGAUUGCUUGCACAAUGCCGUUUUGCUUACCAACCAACUUGACGCUACUAAGAGAGUGCUGCUAAGCUUUAGUAAAUUCGUCCUGGAGAAGUUAUACUCAAAGCUUCAAAUGCCUCUGCAGUGUUCCUUUUUGAACCUUCUUAGUGAAUAUUGCAAGUAUUUCAUUAGAGCGAGUCUUGAUCUGGAGUUUCAAAAGGAUUCGUUAAGACUGUGCUGGAUCGUCUGUUCUCGUUGGAAAGACCACGAGGAGUCCCACAAUUUAGUUAAAGAACUGCAAGCUGAGGUUCACAGUCGUUUUCACGGCAGCUCUGAAGGCGAUGCUCCUUUAAAGAAAAAACUGGAUUACGAACUUACUAUGCUCGUUCGCCAAAUCUUAAGAUAGUGAAGUUGUCGUU